AUGGCCGCAAAAUGUGGUAUUCACAGUGCUGACAUCCUACGAUACAACCCUGCGCAGGGCUUCUGCUCUAAAUUGACGCCCGGUCAGAAAAUCUGCUGCUCCUCUGGUACACUUCAGCAGAAAAGAGAUCUGCUUUCAUCCAGGGGCGAGUGUCGAACGGAAAAGGUCCGGCCAGGUGACAUAUGUGGUGAAAUCGCUACUCGGUGUGGUAUCUCUGGUGCCGACUUCACCAAAUACAACUCCGCGAAAGGCUUUUGCUCAAACCUGAAGCCUGGUCAGCACGUUUGCUGCUCUUCUGGAACACUCCCCGACUUCAGCCUGAAGCCCAACAAAGACGGAUCCUGCGCAACGACCACAGUCGGGGAUGGCGAAAAUUGUUCAAUCAUUGCUGCAGCCAAUGGUCUCACGGUGAAAGACAUUGAUGAUUUCAAUCAAAAGACUUGGGGCUGGACUGGGUGCAAGAACGUCUUCAAGGACUCUGUCAUCUGUAUCAGCAAGGGCAUACGAGUGAAUAACUUCCUGGGCGCAGGGGCUAUCAACAGUAAAAGGAUGGUCAAUGUUAGGUGGAUUUUUAGUUGCUGGCGCUAG